CAAAGCAGCUCGUCACAGACACAGCAACAAGUUAACAAGAACCGUUUACUUCCAGUCUUGAAGCGUUCGAGCUAAGCAAGGCUUCCAGUUCCGUUCGAUCCACCACUCUAGUUUUAGCUUUCGUCCUAGUUCGCGAUGGCUUCUCGUCAGGAGCAGGCUAGCUACCACGCCGGCGAGACCAAGGCCCGUGCCGAGGAGAAGACGGGGCACGUGAUGGGCGCGGCGCAGGAGAAAGGGCGCGAGGCCAAGUCCAAGGCGUUCAACGCCGCCGACCGCGCCAUGGGCAGGGGCCACGACGCCAAGGAGGCGACCAGGGACAAGGCGCGGGAGGCCGCGGACCGCACCAUGGGGAUGGGCCACGACGCCAAGGAGGCCACCAGGGACAAGGCCUACCAGGCCAAGGACGCGGCCUCCGACACCGCGGGCCGCGCCAUGGACAAGGGCCGCGAGGCCAGGGACAAUGCGUCCGAGUCGGCCGGCGCCGCAGGGGACCGCGCCCGCGGCGGCGCGCAGCAGGCCGGGGGAUACGUCUCGCAGACCGCCGAGGCGGCGAAGCAGAAGGCCGCCGGCGCCGCGCAGUACGCCAAGGAGACCGUGGUCGCCGGCAAGGACAAGACCGGCGCCAUCCUGCAGCAGGCAGGGGAGACGGUGAUGAGCACGGCCGUGGGCGCCAAGGACAAGGUGGUGAGCGCCGCCGUUGGGGCGAAGGACGCCGUGGUGAACUCGCUUGGGAUGGCCGGCGAGAACAACGACGGCACCACCAAUGCCCGCAAGGACACCAGUACCUACAAGCCUGGCACUGGCAGGGACUACUAAGAUGCUCGUGUGCUGCUUUUGGUAUAGCAACCGUGCUGGUGCCAAACUGUGUAUCUUGUUUAGGUUCAAAGUAAUUUCAGUUACAUAUCUACGUGUGCGUUUCACUUUGCUUUGAUUUCAACCCGUGUUUACUCCCCGGUUCUGUGUGGAGGUCUGUAACUUUUUUAUUAGAACAGAGGUGAUGUAGGGGGCAAUGUCUAACCGGACGCCUCUUGUGUUUUCGUUUCAUGACCUUCUAAAUAAUAAAGUUGCAAAAGCUUGUGUUUUGUUUC